AUGAGCAAAGAGGCCACAAUAUACGUAGUAGACUUGGGCUCGACUACAGCAGAAUGCCAGGGUGGCAGAGAAAUAAGCGACCUCGAAUACUCAUUGGAAUAUGUUCGAGGCGCGCUUGGCGAGAUUAUGGCUAAGAACCGCAAGACCUUGUCAGUUGGCGUGGUGGGAUUCCGAACAGAUGAGACGGAAAAUCCGUUGAGCAACGACGAUGGGUACGACAACAUAACUGUGCUCAAGCAGCUUGGAGAGAUGGACAUGCCAAGCUACGAGGAGCUCCGGCCGAAGCUAGUCAGCAGUGGUACGGAUGCUGGAGAUGCUAUCUCAGCUAUUGUUGUUGCCGCGCAGUUGAUAGACGAAGGCACUAGGUUGAAGAGCGGUGGGCAAGCGAAGUUCGUACGGAAAAUUGUUCUUGUCACAGAUGGGCAGGGUCGUAUUGAAGAUGACAAUAUCGAGCCCAUUGCACAACAACUUGACGAACUCAACAUCCGCCUUGUUGUGCUUGGGGUCGAUUUCGAUGAUGCGGAGUAUGGAUUCAAGGAAGAGGACAAAUCCUCGGUUAAGCGAGACAACGAGAAACUUCUGAGGAAGCUUACGGAAAGCUGCAGAGAUGGAGACUUUGGAACAAUGGCCGAGGCAGUUGACUCUCUAACAAUCCCCGCGAUCAAAGUCGUUCGGCCAUUCAAAGCAUAUGGUGGUAGACUUGGUCUUGGAGAUUACGUCAAAUACCCCGAAAGUGCGCUUUUCAUUGAUGUGGAGCGAUAUAGCAAGACUAAGAGAGCAACUGCCCCUUCGGCAAGUAACUUUGUUGUUUCUCGGGCCGCUGCGAUUAACGGAGACGGAGAUACCGAAAUGACGGAUGCCCCUUUGGCCGCAGUCAAGAAUCGAAGGGAUUAUCACGUUUUCGAUGAGAGUGCUUCGCAAGGAAAGGCUAUAGUUGAUCGCACAGAACUCGCCAAAGGAUACUACUAUGGCAGCACCGCAGUACCGUUUGGCGAAGACGCUGAGGCCGAGACCAGAUUCAAAAGUAAAGAAAGUUUCUCGAUUAUAGGCUUCAUCCCGAACGACAAGGUAUUUAGAAGAGACAAAUCUCAUGCGACCCAGCUAAUGCCAUCUCAGUACGAAAGAUUCCUGAACAUGGGCGAGGCGUGUGUAACCAUCGCUGAACCAACUAACGACAAGGCGAGGAUGGCCAUGUCGUCUCUUGUCCAUGCGCUCGAUGAAACGGAGUCGUAUGCUGUAGCUAGACUGGUCAAGAAAGACGGAGCUGGCCCGGUUAUUCUUCUCAUGGCGCCAUUGAUCGACCUGGAUAUCGAAUGUCUUGUUGAUGUGCCACUUCCAUUCGCGGAAGACGUUCGUAAUUAUAAAUUCCCACCCCUGGAUAAGGUCAUGGGCAUAUCUGGCAAUGUCAUUAUGAAGCAUCGAUACCUACCAGCGGACAAUGAAGUCCAGGCAAUGAGUGAUUAUGUUCUGUGUCUCUCUUGUCUCGCACGCGUAAGGGCAAAGUCAAUGGUUCGUCAACUGACAAGUUCAGGUAUGGAUCUCUCCUCGUUCGGACGAGACGAGGAAGGCAAGCCCAAAGAGUACAUGCCGAUCGAGGAAAUGUAUGCUCCAAUGGUUCAUCGCCUCCAGCAUGCGAUCAGUUAUCGAGCCAUGCAACCAGACAAGCCGGUUCCCAAGCCUGCAGAAAUCCUACUCAAGUGGAGCCACCCACCGUCAGAUCUGGUUACCAAAGCAAGUCCCCAACUUGAGGCGCUCAAGAAGGCGGUAAAAGUUAGCAAAGUGCCACCGAAAACCAAAGGCAAGCGAGGUGGACGAGAGGUUGUCAAGCCCAUGUCGAAUCUGGAUGUAGAUGCCUUGCUUAGCGAAAGCGGGCGCGGAACAGAGGUCUCGGCCGAUAAUGAGAUUCCCAGUUUCAAGCAGAUGAUCGGCUCCGAUCCAGAUGACGAAGAUUUAUUUGUUGAUGCGUCAAAGCAGUUGUGUCAACACAUCAGAGAUCGCAUCGAAACCUCACCCCUCGAUACUUCCUCCUUCGACCGGGCAGUCGGAGCUAUGACUGUCCUUCGAAAAACUGCUAUCGAAUACGAGCUUCCACGCGUCUACAAUGAUUUCCUGCGGGAUCUGAAGGAGAAAGUAUUCAACGGGGAGCUGGGUGGCGACAGAACGGGUUUCUGGCAGCUGGUGACGAAGAAGAGGCUUGGACUGAUCCAGGUGCCACCGCCUGAUUCGGAUAAGGUAGGGCUGGACACCGCUCCUGGUUCGAAUGUCACAGAACAGGAAGCCGCCGAUUUUCUGAAGCCUCCCAUGAGAGAUGUUGAUAUGGAAUGA